AUGACAAUAUUUUAUCAAGGAGAUCUACAGAGCGGUAUAGCUCUCGCUGUGAGAGAGGCCAAGGCCGUCGUGUGCUUUGUUCGAGACGAAGCUGAGAAAAGCUCCACGUGGGAGAAUGAGUACUUCGCUGGAGAAAAAAUCUCACAAGUGCUCGACGCGAAAGCAGUUCUAUUACGUUUGGCUGCAGGAUCUCAAGAAGCAGGCUUUCUGGCGUCUUUCUGUCCGAUCGUUAAGUUUCCCACUGUUGUGGUUAUCCGGAAUGGUACUAUGGCGGAAUACCUUGUCCCCGAGGUUUCUAAAGAGGAUUUCCAGAAUCGUCUUGUCACUGCUGUGACGAAGGACAAUUCUAAUUCAGCACAGCCGGUGCAGAAUACCAGUAUACCUGGAGAAGGAAAUAAUUCUUCAGCCGCUGUCUCAACGCCUCAAUCUGCUUCCCCUGUACCACCAUCUCGCGCGCCAGUGACAAGUCCAGCACAGAAUACCAGCCAAUCUGCCCCUGCACCGCAACAAGUAUCAAAUACGGCUAAAGAAAGUACUACAACCAAGAAGCCCAUAGCAAGCAAAGGAGAGAAGGAAGAUACUAUCCCCGAACCCCAACCACGAAAAGAAAAUCAGACCAAGCAAGCUCCCAAGCCUAAGAGGGAGAGCAAAUUGCCCGGGAAGGCUCCUCAGGAAAGUUCCUCAGCCACUCGCACCGAGCCAGGUCCAGUGUCAAAAGCACCUACUCCUCGAGGACCCCCAACCCAAUAUCGUCUACAAGUCCGACUCUUUGACGGCAGAUCUGUCCGCUCCAAUUUCACUCCCGAUCAGAAAAUUGGCACUGAUGUCCGCCGUUGGCUCGAUUCGCAAAUGGGAGACGAACAGCGUCCAUACAGUCUUAAACACGUCCUAACGCCCCUCCCCAGUCGAACCCUCUCUGUUUCCGAGGAAUCCCAACCCCUUCAAAACCUGGGCUUAGGUUCGACUGCGAACCUUGCUAUGAUCCCUGUGGCGACUUACACAGAGGCAUACGCCACAACUGCAGCUUCUUUACCGCUCCGUGGGGUUUCAGCAGUCUACAAUGCAGUUUCAUCUGUUGCUUCUUCGACCACGGGAUUCAUUGGAUCAUUAAUAUAUGGCUCUAACGAGGCCCCGCAAAAUGAAGAUGGCCGAACUGUUGGUAAUAUUGCGGCAAAUCCAUCACGUCCUCGACCAGCGGGAACAAAUAUUCGGACGCUUAAUGACCAGCAGAAUGAGCGAGGGGACCGUCAGUUAUACAAUGGCAAUCAGCUGAAUUUCGAGCCUCGUCAGGAUCGCAAAGACGAAUGA